GAUACCAGUGUUCCGGUGGGCUCUCUCUUUAAGCUAACUUAUCUCAGAUAUACAGAGAGAUAUAAAUACAUGCUGUUUUUUUAGGGUGCCUUAUAUGUAAGCUGCUCUUUAUUUAUUAAGUAGGAAGCCUGUGUCUUUAUGUAAUGCUCUGUGUGGAUCUUAAGCAUGGGCGUUAAAGUAUCACUGAUCCUCGCGGUGCUCUUCAUCCUCCUGGACCUCAUCCUCACUACCGUCCUCUUCACACAAGGCUCUCACUGGAGCGUCUUCAGGGAGGAGGCGCUGAACUUUGACCUCCUGAGUUCAGUGUUGGACCUGUGGGGGUGCGUGCUGCUGCGGGCCCCCCUGCUGCUGGGAGCCUGCAUCGGGGUGUCCUGGAACAAACAAGAUGGCCCCCCGAGGGUCUCCACACUCUCCACCCCCGUGCUGCUCCUCUGCCUCGUCAUCAUCACCUUCGCCCUGGCCAAGAUGCUGAUGCUGUCCGAGCAGGAGCCGCUAACCCAGCAGCCCUGGUUUCUGAGCCUCAUCUGCUGGACCUGCGUCUCCUCUCUGCUCGUGGUGCUGAUCUGGAAUCAGAUCGGGAAGAAGGAGGCGGGGAAGAGUCCAGACAGAAGCAGCAGAAGAGGAUGUGAGGACACUGAGAAGCUGGUGGGAAGAGCUGAGGUGGAGAGUGAGAGGAAGAAGGAGGAAGAGGAGGAGGAGAUGAAGAGUGGAUCUGGGGCGACACUGGGACGUCUGCUGUCUUACUGCAGGAAGGACGGAGGGCUGCUGUCUGUCGCCGUCCUCUUCCUCCUCGUCUCCGCUGUGUGUGAGGCCUUCAUCCCGUUCUACUACGGGAAAGCGAUCGACAGCAUCGUGGUGCACCAGAGCAUGGAGUACUUCGCUAAACCUGUGAUCACUCUGUCAGCGCUCGCUUUAGUCAGUUCUCUUGCAAUGGGAGUACGUGGAGGAGUCUUCACGCUGCUGUUUGGCAAAUUAAACCUUCGUCUCAGGAACCAUCUCUUCAGGACGCUGAUGAGGCAGGAAAUCGCCUUUUUUGAUGAAAACCAUACAGGGGACAUUAUUUCUCGUCUGUCGGCGGACACCACACAAGUGAGCGACCUGAUCUCCAACAAUAUCAACGUGUUCCUGCGGAGCAUCGUUAAGGGCGUCGGCUUCUUCAUCUUCAUGUUUGGGAUGUCCUGGAAGCUCACAUUGGUCACCAUCAUGGGAUUCCCCUUCAUCGCUGUCGUCUCCAAACUCUAUGGAGAUUACUACAAGAAAUUGACCAAAGAGGUGCAAACAACCCUUGCAGAGGCGAAUAAAGUUGCAGAGGAAACUAUUUCGUCGAUGAGGACGGUUCGCAGCUUCGCUAACGAGGAGGGGGAGGCCGACACGUACCUUAGCAAACUCCUGGUCAUGUUCCAGCUCAACAAAAAACAAGCGCUGGCCUACGCUGGGUACAUGUGGUCGAGCUGUAUCUCGGAGCUUGCUUUGGAGAUAGCCGUCCUCUACUAUGGCGGCCAUCUUGUCGUCAGCGGGCAGAUGAGCAGUGGUUCUUUAAUAUCGUUUUUUAUAUACAUGCUGGAACUGGGCGAAUGUCUCGAGAGCAUUGCCUCAGUGUACACGGGGCUCAUGCAGGGAGUCGGAGCGGCAGAGAAAGUGUUUGAGUAUCUGGACCGGGAACCCAAACACCGGGCUGACGGCACCGAGGCUCCGGACACCUGCUCGGGGUCUGUGGAGUUCAAAGACAUCACGUUUGCAUACCCGACACGCCCUGAUACCGAUAUUCUCAAGGGGGUGUCGUUCAUGCUACGUCCCGGCGAGGUGACGGCCAUCGUGGGGCCCUCGGGGAGCGGGAAGAGCUCCUGUGUGAGUCUGCUGGAAAACUUCUACCGUCCGCAGAGAGGAGAAGUUCUGCUGGACGGAAAACCUGUUCACACCUAUCAGCACGACUACCUGCACUCCAAGAUCGGUCUGGUGGGCCAGGAGCCGGUGCUGUUUGCUCGGACGGUGGAGGAGAACAUCACCUACGGCCUCAGCGACGUCUCCAUGGAGGCCGUGGAGCAGGCGGCCACCAAGGCUAACGCUCACGAGUUCAUCAGCUGCCUCCCUACAGGCUACCAGACAAGUGUUGGAGAGAAAGGCACCCAGCUGUCGGGGGGGCAGAAACAGAGGGUGGCCAUUGCAAGAGCGCUGGUCAGAAACCCUCGAGUCCUCAUCCUGGACGAGGCCACCAGCGCUCUGGACGCAGACAGCGAACACAUCGUGCAGACGGCUCUGAACAGCAUCAUGCAGGACCACACGGUGCUGGUGAUCGCCCAUCGGCUCAGUACGGUGGAGAAGGCGGACAACAUCAUCGUCAUCGAGAGCGGCCGCGUGGCCGAGCAGGGGUCCCACAGCCGGCUGAUGGCCAGCGAGGGGCUUUACUUCAAGCUGGUGCAGCGGCAGGUUCUGGGCAUCGACACGGGGGCCGAGGUCCUCAACCCAACGCAGGAGCUCAGCUGGAAAUCUGACAGAGGACAGAGGAGGAGGAGGAGGAGGAGGAGGAAGAGCAGCAGCAGCAGCAGCGAGGCGGAGAGAAACAUGCGCUACUGAGAAUAAAGUGCAGGGUUUAGGGGAUUUAUGCUAAGGGAUUCAAAUCGCAAAAAAAGGGAACCAAAAUGAGUUCAAGACACAGAGAAUCACCAAAAGGAAGACAAAAUGAUUUUUUAAAAGAUGCAAUGCUACCACAAAGAGACACGGAAUUGUUUUAAUUAUUUUAUUUAUUGUACUAUUUCAACAAUUAGACAGUUUAUCCACCCGAAAAACACACACAAUUCUUAGAAGUGAGAGGGCAGAAAGUAGAGUUUAUACAGAGGAAGCUACAGGACACUGAAAACACUCCCGGAUCUUUGUGAUUACUGAACACAUGGCAUUCAGCUAUACAAUGUACACUUAAGUACAAAAAAGAGGUUCAAAAUGACACUAAAUCACACAAAGGGACACUACAUGAUACAGAGAGACACUAAUGACUAAAGAAGGGAAACAAAAUGAACACAAAGACACUCAAAUACAGACAAAUAGACACUAAACCGCUCCAAGAGGUGCAAAAUGGUCACAAUCAGACAGUAAAUGAGAUAUGAAAUGAACACAAAGACACAUAACCACAGACAAAUAGACAUAACACUGUUAAGAAAUGGAGCAAAAUGAGUACAAAGAGGUUUAAAAAUGCAACCUUUUAUUCAAUAAUCCACCUAUAUGUAACGUGUCGUGUCAGAAUCAUCUGUUAAAACACGCAGAGCAGCUCCAUGGAGUUUAAAUACAGUUGAAUGUAUUCCAACAUAUCAGAGAGGAAAUAAUACUUGAAUAAACGUUAUUACUGAUAUGUUAGCUUCAUCAUGUUGCUGUUAAUGUUCUGUAUAAGGUUUGUUUAAUUUGUCAUUAUCGCACUCCAGACUGAUCAAUGAUCCAUCUGUUUGUGCUUUCUUGUGUUUUGUUGCAGUAGCAGGUGCUUUGUGUUUAUUGUCUGUUUAAUUACAUGAUAAUUAUUUAAGAAAAAUAAUGUAAUUCCACAAAUAAACUGCAAAAUCAGGUGCCUUUGAUCUAUGAUGUGUGGUGAUGCACGACUGUAGAGAUACUUAAAGUAACUCUGAACUGAUGUGAAUAAAGAUAUAUAUUUAUUAAACAGUGUAAAGAAUG